UCGGGGCAGGAUUGUAAAUGCGCCAUGACUCCGUCUGUACUGAUCUUUUUACAAAAGUGAAUGUUCCUGCGUUGUGAGGCCCAUUUCUGUCAGACCCCCUUUUUCGAAAAAGACAAUAAAAACACACAGCAAACCAAGAUGGAGUAUGAGUGGAAACCAGACGAGCAAGGACUUCAACAAAUUUUACAGCUUCUGAAAGAGUCUCAGUCUCCGGAUACAACGACGCAGAGAUCCGUCCAACAAAAACUUGAGCAACUAAACCAAUAUCCUGACUUCAACAACUACUUGAUUUUUGUCCUCACAAAGUUAAAAUCGGAAGAUGAGCCCACAAGGUCCCUGAGUGGUCUGAUUCUGAAAAACAACGUCAAAGCCCAUUUUCACAACUUCCCCAACGGAGUGUCAGACUUCAUUAAAAAUGAGUGUCUGCAGAACAUAGGUGAUUCAUCCCCACUGAUUAGAGCCACUGUGGGUAUUCUGAUUACAACUAUUGCCUCAAAGGGAGAGUUACAGAAUUGGCCAGAACUUCUGCCGAAACUCUGUGGUCUUUUGGAUUCUGAAGAUUAUAAUACCUGUGAGGGAGCAUUUGGGGCUCUUCAGAAAAUCUGUGAGGAUUCAGCUGAAAUUUUGGAUAGUGAUAUUCUGGACCGACCUCUCAACAUCAUGAUUCCAAAAUUCCUGCAAUUUUUUAAACAUAGCAGUCCUAAAAUAAGGUCCCAUGCAGUAGCAUGCGUGAACCAAUUUAUCAUCAGCAGAACUCAAGCCCUUAUGCUACAUAUUGAUUCUUUCAUUGAGAAUCUGUUUGCGCUGGCGGACGACGAAGAGCCAGAGGUGAGGAAGAACGUGUGCCGUGCUCUCGUCAUGCUGCUCGAGGUCCGAAUGGAUCGUCUGCUUCCCCACAUGUAUAACAUCAUCGUGUACAUGUUACAAAGAACACAGGACCAAGAUGAAAAUGUGGCGUUGGAGGCCUGUGAGUUCUGGUUAACCCUUGCUGAGCAGCCAGUCUGUAAAGAUGUGCUCUGUGGACACCUCUCGAAAUUAAUACCUGUUCUGGUUAAUGGGAUGAGAUACUCUGAAAUAGAUAUUAUUCUGCUGAAGGGAGACGUGGAGGAAGAUGAGGCCAUUCCAGACAGCGAGCAGGACAUCAGACCCCGGUUCCAUCGCUCCCGGACUGUGGCUCAGCAGCACGAAGCCGACGGCAUCGAGGAAGAGGACGACGAUGAUGAUGACCUCGAUGAUGAUGACACCAUCUCCGACUGGAAUUUAAGAAAAUGUUCAGCUGCAGCCUUGGAUGUUCUUGCCAACGUUUUCCGUGAUGAUCUCUUGCUUCACAUCCUCCCUUUGCUGAAGGAACUACUGUUUCAUCCUGAAUGGGUGAUAAAGGAAUCGGGAAUAUUGGUCCUUGGGGCAAUUGCUGAAGGCUGUAUGCAGGGUAUGAUCCCGUAUCUGCCAGAGCUGAUCCCCCACCUUGUCCAGUGUCUAUCUGACAAGAAGGCUCUCGUCCGUUCAAUCACCUGCUGGACCCUCAGCCGCUAUGCACACUGGGUGGUCAGCCAGCCCCCGGACACCUACCUAAAGCCACUGAUGACCGAACUGCUGAAAAGAAUCCUGGACAGCAACAAGAGGGUUCAGGAAGCUGCCUGCAGUGCCUUUGCAACACUUGAGGAAGAGGCGUGCACAGAGUUGGUGCCCUACCUCGCUUAUAUACUGGACACCCUUGUGUUCGCAUUUAGCAAGUACCAGCACAAGAACCUGCUCAUCCUGUACGAUGCGAUAGGGACCUUAGCGGAUUCCGUUGGGCACCAUCUGAACAAACCGGAGUAUAUCCAGAUGCUGAUGCCACCCCUGAUUCAGAAAUGGAACCAGCUGAAGGAUGAAGACAAGGACCUGUUCCCUUUACUCGAGUGCCUGUCCUCAGUUGCCACUGCCCUGCAGUCUGGCUUCCUCCCAUACUGUGAGCCUGUGUACCAGCGAUGCGUCAAUUUGGUGCAGAAGACCCUAGCACAAGCCAUGUUACACAAUGCCCAGCCUGAUCAGUACGAAGCUCCAGACAAAGACUUCAUGAUUGUAGCCCUUGAUUUACUCAGUGGCUUAGCCGAAGGUCUCGGAGGAAACAUUGAACAGCUUGUGGCACGCAGCAACAUUCUCACGUUAAUGUACCAGUGUAUGCAGGAUAAAAUGCCGGAAGUGCGGCAAAGUUCAUUUGCCUUGUUGGGUGAUUUAACCAAGGCUUGUUUUCAACACGUAAAGCCAUGUAUUGCUGAUUUUAUGCCUAUUCUGGGUACUAAUCUUAACCCUGAGUUAAUCUCUGUGUGCAACAAUGCAACGUGGGCAAUUGGAGAGAUAUCUAUACAAAUGGGCGCUGAAAUGCAGCCUUACAUUCCCAUGGUGUUACGCCAACUGGUGGAGAUUAUUAACAGACCGAAUACGCCCAAGACAUUAUUGGAGAACACAGCAAUAACAAUUGGUCGUCUUGGUUACGUUUGUCCUCAAGAGGUGGCACCCAUGCUACAGCAGUUUAUAAGACCCUGGUGUACUUCACUGCGUAAUAUAAGAGACAAUGAAGAAAAAGACUCAGCAUUCCGGGGAAUCUGCACUAUGAUCAGUGUCAACCCUGGAGGAGUUGUACAGGAUUUUAUAUUCUUCUGUGAUGCAGUGGCCUCGUGGGUUAGCCCUAAGGAUGACCUGCGAGAGAUGUUCUGCAAGAUCCUCCAUGGAUUCAAAAACCAGGUGGGAGAUGAGAACUGGAGGCGAUUCUCUGAUCAGUUUCCCCUUCCUCUGAAGGAGCGCCUUGCAGCCUAUUAUGGAGUAUAACAGCUUGUGCUGUAGGAUGCAGGCCUGUAAUUGGGGUCUUUCACUGUGGGAGACAACGGGGAACCUCUGUACCCAGGGAAAAUGUUACCCUUUACUGGGGGGAAGGGUAGGCCAGUGGGGGGGACUCAGUAUGAUCCCGACCCUACUGGGCGGGGUGGGAGGGAGGUGUUAGCCGACGCACUGUUCUGUGGACAGGGGGAAUCGGAAACACUCGGAAACAACUCAAUCAGAAAUGAAGUAACCGAAGACAUUUGGUCCAAUUCUAUAGCACAUUUCUACUAACAGAAAUAGCAAACCAAACCUCGGGGACACCUUUGAAAAUUUUUUGUAGUGAAUACUGGCUUUAAACUACAGGAGGAGUGCAGAGUAAGGCAGUUUAGCACAGUUAAUGUCAAAGAUGGGGUUUUGAAACAGUAUUGGUUGAGCUUAAACCUAAAGACAUAGGCAUGGGGGACAUUCUAGACAAUUGCAUGAUGAAGAAUAUACUAAAUGAAGUUAGAACUGUUUCUCAGCUAUCCUUGUUCAUGUGCGUCAUCAGUGGGCUCCUGCUAACAAAUAAUAGUAGAUGGUGAGAGAAUAAUUGCUAAGUUUAACGUAUUAAUGACCAACAUCCUAGCAAAAAGCCUAAGCCUAAAAGAUAAGUCAGUUCUCUCUCUACUUUUGCAUAUCAUGGGCAUAUCUUCUUUUCAACUUCAAAAAUACUAAAUAUUUUGGGAUCUAAGACUAGUAGUACUGCCCUUUUUAAGAUUUUAUUUGGCCAGGAUUGUCAACAAAUGAAAUGUACACUAAUACACAUUUGAUUUUCAUUGCAGUUGGAAGUCAUUUUAUGGCAAACGUAGCAUGCUUGCAUUGAGAGUGGGGAUGGUAUACAUUAAGUAAUUUGUUGCACCGGUUUUGUGUUUCAUUUGAAUGAUGCAUAGCCCUGUAUUACAAAUCUUCAGUUUUUAUUUGCAGUAGAGCUUUUACUUUUCUGUUAAGGAUAGGUUUAAGUCCAGUAGUUAUGAUAAGGCCUUGAAAUAUCUUUAGGAUUCAUUAGGAUUAAGAUUGAUAAUAGUAGUGUCUGUAACCUGCACAUUGUGGGAAGCCAAUAUACUUGUGCAAACUUUGCUUCUGUGCUGUCAAUGUGAUGUGCUUUCUGCAUGGACAUUAACUAGUGAAUUUACCAGAUAUUCUGAGACUAUAAGAGCCAUGUGGUUAGUGAAACUGUUAAAGGGCUGUGUUCAACAUUUGGCAUUAAUGACAAUUGUAAAAGAUCAUGACAUUUGUUGUUCUUGGGUGUUAAUCCCCACUCAAGUUUUUGUUCUUUUUUUUUUUUUGUUCAGAGCAUGAUCUUAAAGAUGCUUAUGAUUCUUUUUUAAUGGAUAUACCAAGCAGGGUACUCUGAAACUUGAUCUGCGCAUGUUGGUGGCCCUUUUGUACCCUAGCUAGGUGAAGGGGUACAACAGAGAGGAUGAAUGAUGGAUUAUGAUGAUCUUUACCCAUUUCAUUUGUUUGGCUUUUUUUUUUCUCCAGUUAUUUCCAUUCAAUAAUAAACCCUUGCUUAUUUAACCUUUCCCUUCCCCUUAAUGUGUAUUUUUUACAUUGUUUCAUACUGUGAAUCUGGGACAAAAUUGAUUUGGUACUCUUGAUUUUAUUUUACUCUUCAAAGUGCAAGUCGUCUUGAACUCUUAGAUUGCCUGACUGUAUCCCAUGAUGAAUAUGGGGGGGGUGACUAGAAAAAAAUCCCAUUUGCUCUGCUGGACGGAGCUCGGCCUUCAGUACUUUUUGUUUCUCUUGAGGGGCGCGCACACACACGCGUGCGCACACACGCAAUUCUAAAGCCAUAGCAUCUUUUUGCAGCUGAAAAAUAUCCAUUGCUUAUGUCAGAUUCUCAUGUUUGACAGAUCUUUGCAUGUUCUCAUUUUGUGUGCAAGUGGUGAAUGGUAUGAAUUAUUGCACUGUGUUAGAUUAUGCAUGUGAGAAGAAUGUUUCUUGUGAUUCAUUUGGAACCUUUUUUUUAUUAGCUUCUGACGCUUGAGCGCAUGCUGGUCUUUACACAUUCCUCGUUUGUGUCCACAACUGAUGAAGCAUUAUGCCCUGACCUGUCAGUGGUGCAUUUUUAAAUACAUGAAGGCAAAGCCUAACACUAACACCCGAAGAAGGCUCUACAGAUGCAACAUUUUUGUAUUUCACCUUUUUUCAUUUCAUUGUGGAAUUGACCUUGUUUUUCUGCCCACACGCGCACACAGCUCCUCACUCAAAAGCCUGACACUAAUGCAUAAUGAUGCUUCUUUCUUUGUUGUAAGCAUGGCUGCCCUGUGUAGCUACUAAUUUUGUAAUCAAGCUCUUAAAACAGUUGCUAUUGCUUUAACCCUUGUUUAAUUUUUUCCGAAGCUGCUUCUUAAAGUUCCCCCAAAAGCGUGUGAGGAAAAGCUAAUUUGGUUCUCAACUAGUAACUUGGGUGUUGAUAACGUUUUUGCUUUUAUACCUAUUCAGACACCUUAGACACAAAGUCAGAUCGUUGCAUCAUUAUUGAUGAUCACUUGCCAUCUUAAAAACCUGCUUUAGUUGUGCAGAUGCCAUUAUUGGGGCAGGGUUUCAGCCUUCUUCUAGCAGUAAUAGUGUCUGUUGCCCUUGCCCUGAUCCUAUUUGCUGAUCAUAGAAAAAAAUCAGUAUUUAAAGCAAAAAUGAGAAAAGGGUCUCCUUAGCUAAAAAAAUUCCUGAAUUGCAAAACAACUAGCAAUGAUUGAUUGACUCCUUGAGUUUUGUUUUGUCCCCAUACGCCAUAUUUUUCAUCUGCUCUGUAUAAUUAACUGCGAAAUGAAAACAAAACAGAUUGGGUUAAAAAAAUAAGAAAACAUCAUGGGAUAUAUGAAGCACAUGUGUCUGUGUGGUUUUCACGUUUCUCUGUUGCGUGAAUGUUUCUGAAGUCGUGAUACCUUUGUCUUGUCACAUUCCAGCUUUAUUUGGCAUGCUGAAAGCACGGCUUAAUUCGUCUGCUCUGUACACACUGAAUUAAAUGCUGUUCGUGUGCUGUCUUACAGAAAUGGCCGCUGCUAAGUGAUAAUGUAGUUUUCUACUUGAAUAUUUUUAUGUUGUAGAAACCUCAGGAGGUCAGUUUACUGUUUUAUAUAUGCCUUUUUUCCAUUUGAGCUUCCCUUUUGAAGGAUUCUAACAAUGGACAAAAAGGAAACUCCUCUUCAACCCUACCAUUAUACAAAUUUUCAUAAGGGUGUACAUUUGGCUAAUAUUGUAGUCACGUGGGGGGGGGGGUGACAUUUGUGUUUUUAGAAUCAUGAUAAUGUUAAGACAAAUGUGAUAACGCUUUAAGGGUUGCAAAUGAUAACUAUAAAUGCCUAACAAGUUAGAUUUAAAUUGUCAAGAAGAUGCAUUGGAGCAGUCUGGUUUUUAUUAAGUUGAAUGAAUCAGUAAUCAGUUACUGCUAUGUUGGUAACACUGUUAAUGCUCUGUUAAUCUAUUAUGCAUUUCAAAAAGUACUUUAUUGGAAUUUGCCAUUCCUCAAUCUUAAAACGUUAACAAUAAUUCCUUGUGGGUUGUAAUAACGUUAUAAUACACUCUUAAACUCUUAACUGGGUGUAGGACUUUCACACCCUGGAAUGUGCGUAAUAACCAGCUGAAAAUUAUUUUAUGGCACAUAAUGAAAAACAGAAUUGCAAGAGGUCUAAAUUUAAAGCGAUGGAUUGAUCAGCUACAUUCAAACCAACACAACAGGGCUUUUGUGCUGUUUCUUCAAUUACCGCACUCACUGUGCUUGCAAAUUAAUUCUUUGGAAAGAGUAAUUUACUGGUCAGGGUGGUAUAUUAAAUAAAGCACUUUGCAUUGAAUACUUCUAAUAGCAGCUGGGGUCGAAGAAGAGUUUGCCUUUCAUAGUGAUGAUGAUAAAGCUUUAGGAAACUCGGCCAAGUUUCUGAAUACCAUAAAUAGCAUCAACUACUGUAAUGUUAGAAUGUUUCCUUCAAAAACAUCCUCCAGCAAACCUCUCUUAGCUGUGUAUACUUGACUAAUAUUUCUUGAAGUCUGCCUUCACACUUACGCUAACAUGAGAGAACUUCAUUUUGAAUAGAAAUAUGGUUUUAAUUUUUGAUAAGCUGCUGAAUUUUAAAGUUUUUUGGGGCCACCAAAUAUUUUGGAUCAUGCAAAGAAUAUAUAUUGUACUGUAGUAAUUUUGUAUUGACAUUUGUAUGAUGUAGUAAUAGAUGUGAAUGUUAAUCACUGCUUGGAUCUGUACAUUGUUGAAAAUAAAUUGUUUACAUAAACGUU